AUGAAAAGAUGUGCCAAGUGCCGUCGAGAAUUAAGAGAAAGACAAUUAGAUCAGCAACAAAGAACUCCUGCGUCUUGUUCAACAUUUUUUACUAUUGACGCUCCAACGGUACUGCCCAGUACGGAAAAUCUGCUGACGCCGGAGAGGAUGGGCCCGACGACCUACUGUGAAGUACAUGGGUUUAAUCCUCAUAAAGAAGGUAAGGUUUAA